AUGAAGCAUUUUAAGAUUUCGACAUUAAAUAUCUUUGGCUUUUUUUUUCUUUAUUUGAGUUUUCAAAAUGCAUAUAAAUGUAUGAAAAUAGGUAGUGUAUUAAAUAAAAGAAAUAAUAAUAGCAUAAAAUUGGGAGGAAAUGAUGGUAACUCAGCUCAGUGGAGUAAUAAAGGAAAUAAUUUCAUGGAACUUUUGAAAGACAAAUAUUCAAAAAGCAAAAGAAAUAUAGAUGAUAUGAAAGAUGAAUUAGCUGAUGAAUUAGCUAAUAAAAUACAAAAUAAAAUAGAAGAUUAUUUAAAAGAAGAAAGUAAUUUAUCUGAUACAGAAAACAUAACUGGAGAAGAUUUAAAUGAAUUGAAAACUUAUGUUAGAGAUAUUUCAGAAUAUGUUGGUAUGAAAGCAGCUGACUUGUUGGACAGAAAUUUAGAAGAAGCACUUAAACCUAUUUUACCAAAGAAAGAGUAUGAUAAUUUUAAAAAUACUUUAGAUGAUUCUAGUGAAGAUAAUUUAGAACAUGCAAAUGAAGUUCCAAAACAUGGAAAUAUAAAUGAAGAAACUGAAACAUUUGUAGACGAGUUAGUUGAUGAAUACGAAAAUGAGCAAUUUGAUGUAUUAAACCCAAAUGAAAAAGAAAUAAAAACACACAACAAUUUAGACUAA